GUCAAGUGCAUACAGUGCGAUGGUCGGCGGGUGGUGAGCGGGUCCAACGACCACACGAUUCGGGUGUUCGAUCUCGAGGAGGGGCGCUGCCUGUACGCCUUCCUCUUCUCCGAUUGGGUCAACUGCCUGGCCUUUGACGAGUCCACCCUCGCCGGCGGCUCCUCCGACUCCACCCUCUCCCUCUUCUCCUACUACCUCCACCCG